CUGGCAGUGGCAGGGGCCGGGGCCGGGGGUGGGCUGGGAGACGCGUCGUUGGCUUUGGAGACGGCGACAGAGCUCUGCGUGUCCCCUCGCUGGGCGGAAAGCUUUUGUCAGCGGCCGGACGCACGACGUGGCCUUCGAGACUCCCGAUGGUGUCCAUGAAUUUCAAGCGGAGCCGCAGCGACCGGUUCUACAGCACCCGGUGCUGCGGCUGCUGCCAUGUCCGCACCGGGACCAUCAUCCUGGGGACCUGGUACAUGGUCGUCAACCUGUUGAUGGCAAUUUUGCUGACGGUGGAGGUGACUCAUCCAAACUCGAUGCCGGCUGUCAACAUCCAGUAUGAAGUCAUCGGCAACUACUACUCGUCUGAGAGGAUGGCUGAUAACGCCUGUGUCCUUUUUGCCGUCUCUGUCCUCAUGUUCAUCAUCAGCUCCAUGAUGGUGUACGGAGCCAUUUCUUACCAAGUGGGCUGGCUGAUUCCGUUCUUCUGCUACCAACUUUUUGACUUCGUUCUCAGUUGCCUGGUUGCUAUCAGCUCUUUCACUUACUUGCCAAGAAUCAAGGAGUACCUGGAUCAGCUACCCGAUUUUCCCUACAAAGACGACCUCCUGGCAUUGGACUCCAGCUGCCUCCUGUUCCUGGUCCUUGUUUUCUUCACCUUGUUCAUCAUCUUCAAGGCUUACCUGAUCAACUGUGUUUGGAACUGCUACAAAUACAUCAACAACAGAAACAUGCCAGAGAUUGCUGUGUACCCUGCCUUCGAAGCACCUCCACAGUAUGUGUUGCCAACCUACGAAAUGGCGGUCAAGAUGCCUGAGAAGGAGCCCCCGCCUCCGUACAUCCCUGCCUGAAGACAUUCUGCCUCUGUCAGUAAAUCCCAUACCAGCUUCUCGUCUUGUUUCCUUUACAGAAUGCUGCACUACAGGGCUCUUCAAACUCAUUUGAUAUACAAGUACAUUUUACUCUGUUGAAAGCAUUUAUUUUCAAACACUAACAAGCUUUUUGAAUAUCUCUUAAAAGUAUUUUGUUGUGUUAAGUCUAUUACAUGCGAGUAGUUUCCGAGGACAAUCUAGGCGCAGCGAGAAUAAAGUGCCGUUGUUUCUGCCUUUAACGGGGUGGGAGGGGAUAAUCUCCACAUAUAUUCUUUUUUAACUUUGCACUUUCUUUACAUAAGAGUUUGUAUUUUGGUUAUUAGCUGCCCUGGAUACUUCCGGGAAGUAAUGGAUUAAGUAUCCAGGGCAAGUGAGUUGAGUAUCAAGAAUCUGAAGUUUUCACUUAUGAAAACAGGGGGAAAAAUAUAUAUAUUAAAAAAGCUACCAUAACAUUUUAACUUGACUGCGGAAGAAGGUUUGCAUGUUUCUAACUUGUAUGUGUUUCCAUCUCUGUGAGAAGAUGCUUUAAUAAAACUCUUCAAAAAU